AUGUCCUGGGUUGGGCUGUGGACAGGCAUCAUCUACACCUGCGUGCUCCUGAAUGUGAUCACCUUCAGAAGCCGAGGAGACAAGGUCCUGGCGGAGCAGCUGACAUGGGCUGUGUUGAAGGGAAUAUUCCCAGUCGUCAUAGUUGGAGCGGCAGCCACCGCGCUGUGGCUGCGUCGGCUUCGCCGGCCCCUGGCUGCCUUGCGCAUCGCGGCAGAGGACCCCGCCUCCCAGAACAACCUUAGAGCUGUAUAUCGGUUCAAUACCCCUCAGGAGGCGGCUUUCCUGGCCAGGGCGAUGCGCGUGUGGGACGAGGACAACGUCCUGGUCAUGCGCGAGUUUGAGUUUGGAGAGUUCGUCCUCAAGUGCGGCCUGGCGCGAUACCCCAACGAGCCAUCCCUGCUGCUGGCCCUGGCCAACGUCAGCAUCGAGGGACGGCGGGACGUCCAGGCCGCGCGCACCUACCUGCAGCUGGUGGUCAAGGCCGGCGGGCACAACCUGGGACUGAUCGAGCGCUUCCAUAUCUUCAAGACGCAGGACCUGGUCAAGCGGCUCAAGGAUGAGAGUGGGGGCAUGGACCUCAUGAGCUUCAUCGAGUUCCAGCGCAACUUCCGUGCCUGCGUCCGCGCACACCGCGUGGCGCUCCAGGCGCAGCGGCUGUUCUGGCAGACCCUGCUGCACGACAGCGUCCCCUUCAAAACCCUGCAGACGAGCUUUGCUGCCAUGCACCGCGCGGAGGGGCAGGCCACCCAGGUGUACCGCAGGGUGUUGGAGCGCUACCCCACCAACGGGCGACUGUUGAGGGCGUACGGCCGCUUCCUGGAGUGGGUAAAAAACGAGCCCUCCACAGCGCAGCGCUGCUAUCAAGAGGCGAUCCGCCAUGGAACGGGCGAGAGCCUCAUGGCACUGCUGGAGGGCGGCAGUGGCGAGGGGCAUGAUGCAUCUCUCACCGUGCUGGGCAGGGUUGAGGAGGCCACCGACGGUGUGGUGGUCAUCAGCGCGGUGGGCACCAUCCUGGCGGUCAACCGCGCCGCCUGCAACAUGUGGGGCUACGAGAAGGGCGAGCUGGAGGGCAAAAACGUCUCCGCGCUCAUGCCCCAACCGUUUUCAUCGCGCCACAACGGCUAUCUCAGCCGCUACGCCACCACCGGCGUGCCUCACAUCCUCGACACGCGCCGCUCCGUCAUCGGCUUGACCAAGCAGCGCACCAUGUUCCCGGCCAACCUAACGGUGGUCAAGAUAUCCGGCUUGGGGCAGGACGCCGUGUUCCUGGGGGUGGUGUGGUUGGCGCCAGGAAGUGGUAUGGUGCUGUGUGCUGAUGUGCACUUCUCCAACUGCUUUGGUGUCCCUAAUGAGGACCUGGUGGGUCGCUUCUUCUCAUCCCUCGGCCCGGAUAUGCCUGGACUCAACAAGCUGAUUGCGCGCGCCACUGAGGCGACCGUGGAAGAGCUGGAUAGAGGGGAGGUGUAUGCCGACACACAGCUGCUGCACAGGUUUUUGCCGCCCGUGGACGUGCAUGUGACAGCUGAGAUGGGUGGCACUGACACCGAGAGGGUCAUCAUCCUGAAUAUUGAGGCCGAGGUUCCCACCGGCCCCCUGAUGGUGGUCAGUGCCCACAAGGGCCAGAUUGUUCACGCCACCUCCCAGCUGGGCACCAUGCUGGGCUACAGCCGCCGCCACCUGGAGGGCAUGGCGCUGGGCAGCAUCGUCCCGCCACCCUACAGCCAGCUGCUCGCGCACCCAGGCUUUCUCAAGCAAGACCUGUCCCACAAGCCGCCGAUCACCAGCUGCCGCGCCGGCGCCGUGGUGCACCUGCUGCGCUCCAACGGCUCCAAGGUGUCCGUCACCCUGCAGCUCUCCCAGCGCAAGGACGGCGACCACCUGCUGCACGUGGUGCGCAUCUCGCCGUCGUCUGAUGCCGCGCGGCUGGACAUCCAGAGGAUCGUGCUGGACGUGGACCAAGGCGGGCGCGUAUCGCGGGUCAGCCUCGGCACCACCAAGACUGUGUUUGGCUUUGAGCCAGAGGCGCUGGUCGGCCAGCCGCUGCGCAGCUUUAUCAACGUUUUCAGCGAGUGGGCCGCCAAGUUUGGGGAGGACACCAGCCUGCUCACUCUGCUGGCGACGCGCGCGCUGGAGGGAACCAACGAGUCGUGGCGCGUGGGCGUGCGCGCGCCGGGCGCGGGCAACGCCGCGGACACCGACCGGGCCGACACGGCCGGCGGCGGCGGGUCGCUGCUCGCAGCGCUGCGCCGGCGCGACCGCGAGCGCCCCGCGCUGAUGCAGUUCCUCGUCUCGGUGCAUGGGGCCGAUGCGGCUGGCGGGAGGGGCAGCAGCACCGGCGGUGAGGACGGCGGCGAAGACGCGGCGCCGUCGCUGCAGGUGGUGCUGUGGCGCGCAGACGCGCUGGUCUCGCUGCUGGAGCUGGACGGUUCCCUGGCGGUCGCGUCUGCCGACGCUGCUGCGGGGGUGCUGCUGUGUUGCGGGUCCAAGGGGCUCGUCAAGAGGGACUUCAGGAGGCUCGUCGGCCUGCCGCGUGAGUUCACAAACGCAGAUCUGAUGGCGGCACCGCCCAAGGCCGGCGCGGCCAAGGUCGCGCGCGCACGCAGCGGGCUCAAGGCGGGUAAUGUGCCCAAGGUCGGGCCAGUCAUGGCGCUCACGAUAACACAUGCUGAUGGGCAGAAGCUUGGGCUGGAGAUGCAGGCAACAGCAAAGCCCGGCAAGAUUGGAUCCGACAGGCUGAUCGUGCGCAUUCGACUUCGGGAGCCCUCUUGCGGCAGCAUCGCACCAUUCCUGGCUCUCACAGGUGCCGGGCCAGCGGGCCCACAAUUCGCCGCUCCAGGCAAGGGCGCGGCCGAGGACUCAGGGCCGCAGGACGAUAGCGGCUCAGACAGCGGCAGCGACGCUGGCAGCCAGGCCACCACCAUGCCUCCUGCGCGGCACGGCGCAGCCCUCAGCCGCAAGAGAGAUGAGGAGGAUCUCACCGACGAGGAAGAGUUUAGGCGGCAUGACGGCGGCCUUAGCAAGGCAGGCGGGCUGUGGGGUGGUGAGCGCCGGGGCGGAGUGGUGCCCGGGAAGGCUCGCGGCGAGGCGCAGGCGGCCCCGAGCGCAUCAGGGCACGCUGCAUCCCCCAUGCGCGGUCCUGGCGGCUCCGACGACGGUGGCGCGCCGUCGGCUGGGGACGGGGCGAGCCAGGUGUCGGGUUCGGAGGGGCAGGACGGGGCCAGCAGCGUCAUCAGCGCAACGGGUGACGGCGGAGACGAGGACCUGGCGAUUGAUUCCAGACGCGCCAAGCGCCUGAAGAAGCUCAACCGGCUGAUGACGUGCGCCACCGCCCAGAGCGCCAGCCAGCGCCUCAGCCGCACCUGGCUUGUGGUGGGCGUCAUCCUGGCGGCCCACAUUGCAGGCUAUGUCAUCCUCAGCACCCAGAUCCAGGGCCGCUUCAUCAACGUGUACGACACCGCGACCAUGGCGCGCGCCAUCGACCGCACCCAGCUGUCGGCCAUGCGCGUCAACUGGUACCAGCGCUGCUUCCUGCCGCAGCUCCAGGCCACCAGCUGGGACACGUGCUCAGCAGCGGUCCUGGCCUACGGGCUGGACCGCCUCAACGUCAACAUCAACCUGCUCACACAAUGGCAUCAGGUGUGGGGCCGCAGGAGCGCUGCCCACAGCCGUCGAUUAUUUGUUUGGGCCGCUUCUUCCUGA